AUGACGCAUCGAUGUCGUGCCCCGUUGUUCAAACAGAGUGGAUGCUGGGGUCCUGGGAGUGUGACGAGCCAGGAGAGGGGACCUUCCCCACCAUCCAGCCCUUCCGAUACACUGAGAUGCUUCACAUCUUCCACGUGGGACAGCCCAUGCUUAACUUCAUGCCUGGUUGAGAUAGAGGAGGGGAAGCUGAGCGGUCAGGAGUUGACCCUGCAGUCCCAGUCUGUGUCCCGUAUCUCCUUUGCUAAACAGCCACACGUCCAGCAGAUCUCCCGGACUUUCCGACUCAAGGAAGAUGGCAGGCUGGAGCAGAUGGUGUGCAUGGCGACUGAAAGCCAGCCUCUCUCAGAGCACCUGCACAUCACCUACAGGAAGACAGCACCCUGAAGGGAAUGGAGAGGCUUGCUGAGGGAGUAUCCAACACAAACCACAUGAUAACAAAUAAUGAAGGUAACAUGUCUCCUGCAGCUCUGCUGUUGAGUGUUAAGGCUUUCUGUUUCACGGACUGAUAUACAAGGCAAAUUGAAUACCUAUUUAACUGCAUAUUCGGUCUAAGAGGUGCUAUUAAACAGUUGUAAAUGACCUAAGUUAAGUAAGUUUAACUUACUUUACAGCAGAAUGCAAGAGAGUGUACUCUGGACUAGCCUAGAUUUACAAUUGAGUAAAAUUUACAGCAACAAUAAUAACGUACAUAAUGUAUAGAAAUGUUUUCAGAUACCAUGUUAGAAAGCAAUAUAUAUAAGGUGAUUGUUGCUAAUUUAAAGAACCCAUAAACUUUCCAUGCUACGCCCAUCUCACUAUAAAUGUUUCAAAUAUAUAGUUUUGAAAGAAAUCUGUUUCAGCAAGUAUGUGUUUUCAUUUUAAACCAUGAUAUCUGGAACUAUACUAGGUUAAAUAAAUAUUUGAUUGCAGGCUUUCUGAUCAGUUGCACUUGAUCAGCUUUCAGUCUUGCACUUGCAUGAUCAUUUCACUGGAUAAUUGUCAACAACCCUUUGUCUUCAGUAACCAAACUGUUGCUUCACAUAAUGACUGAUAUGCUUUGCAGCCAGUAAGAUGCUUGACCCUGAAGAUAGGUGAGAAAUCCUAGGAAGUGCAAGUGUAUCUAUUUCCUGUAAUGCAAGACAAGCAAACUGACAACGUAGUUUAGUAACUGAUAAUAUCCGGUUUCACAAUGGGAAUACAUGUGUGCAAUAUGCUAAUCUCAAAACUGCACAUUUGACACCUCCUAUAGUGACGUGCAUAAGAGAUAAGGUUUAAGAAAGUAUUUUGUUAGCUGUAACCACUAAGUAUCAUGCAAGUCUUCCACCCCACGUUAACUGUUAAAAAUCCUUGUUUGUCGAACUGUCACAAACUGUUUUGAAGUAACCAUUCCCAUAAAUCUGAACCUAGCAGACAGGUUAUACUGCAGAAUUCCAGUCAAGGGUGUGUUUGUCAUUUUCUGGAACCCCUUUCCACCACUUAUCAGUCCUUUGUGCACUUUGACAGGCCACAAUUGGCACUAAGCUAAGCACUAAGAUAACUUUAGGCAGUCCAAAAUUAGUUUGAAUUGUCUUCUGUGAAUCUUAAAACAUAAAGGCAUAAUUUACCUACUAAAGCUGAGCAAUACAAAAUUGACCGCUUGUCGCCUACCUCUGGCCGAAUUAAAUGUGUUGCUAUUAUUCAUAGUUAUGUUUACGUGUAGCUGUAGUUAUAGUGAUGUAGUAACGUAUCGCUGUAUUUACACUGAACAAAAAUAUAAACACAACAUGGAACAAUUUUAAAGAUUUUACUGAGUUACAGU